AUGUACGUUUCCAAAGAGACUAACCUCCCUUUUGCUACGGCGUAUCCCAACGUUUACGUUCCUGGCAUCUGCACCAUUUUCCCUCCUGCCAUGCCAUCUGAUCGUGUAGAUCUCCGCCUGUGCCACUUAAAAGACCGUAAGGCUUUUGAAAAAGGCGAGCGCGUUCUCAUCUGCAAAGGCAACAUUGCACUCGUCGAUCUGCCCGGUGCCCUUUUCCUGGCCACGUCUACCAAACCAGAGUUGCUCAUCCAUGGUCUCAUCAAGCUACCCCACGAUAUAGAUGCACGCGGCGUCGUCCUUCUCAUUGCCUACAUAAACAAGAUGGUGUCAUGGCGCCAUAACGAUUUGCGUAUGAGACACCACGAGAUGGAAAUCUACGACAUGCUCAGCAUCACUGCGGCCGCGGCUCUUCUCGGCAUGGAACAGUACACCGCCCACAUCUACCGCAAGUGCGAGGCCGUUCUUCACAACGAUCUGCCCUCAUACGAUGAUAUCGAUGCGGUAACCUACUUUGCCCGCGAGCACCCUCGCAUGCUGUACAUUCUCGCCUCCAACAACCUGGCCAAGAAGAUGCGGGAGAACCAGAUUCCCGACGUCGAAGACUUCACCGCGUACCUUUCAUACAACCACAUCCUCAACGAGCAGAUCCAGAUGGCCCACACUCGCCACGCCGACUACGUCAGCAGGAGCCAGAAGCGCGAGCAGGAAGAGCAGGACCGUAUCCAGCGCGCCAAUAAGACUCGAGAAUAUCACGAGCGCGCCAAAGCAUCGGCUAUCGCGCGCGCGCAGCAGCGUGAGCAGUGGGAGCAAGGCCGUGAGGAGCGCGAGCAGGAGCAGGCGAAGCGGGCAAAGGAGCGCGAGCAGCACAAGAAGGACAAGGCAGAGGAGGACAAGAAGUACUGGGCUAAGAAGAAGGAGGAGGCUACGGUGGACGAGAAGUCGGUUCUGGAGAAGGUCAAGCUCGCGGUCGAUAAGCGCAAGUUCACAUUGCGCGAGCGUGCUCACUGGCGCAAGACUCGUGAUACAAAGUUGCCCAAGGGCUGCUAA